GUAGAGUUCUUUUCGUGUUCUUUUUGAAUUUUGAAAAAAAUUAUACAGAAUCGUUUGCACAGAGUAGGUGUUUGAAACUUGCAAGAACAGUAAGACUGAAGACAAGUUCAUUUAUUAAUUUAUUAGAAUCAUAUCCCAAAACAAUGGUGCAAGUUUUAGCAAAAACUUUAGAUACGACGAUAUUGAACGAUGUUCACGUAGACAAAACUAGUGUUGAGGCCCAAAUAGACAAAAUACUUCUUAGAUAUCCUGUUCAUGAGGCUAAUAAUUAUAAGCGAUGGUUAAUCAAAGCUGUUACUUUGAUCGACCUGACGACGUUGUCUGGAGACGACACACGAUCUAAUGUUACUCGGCUGUGUGUUAAGGCUGCCAAUCCACUCCCAUUUAAAGAGGAAAAAGAGAAGAUUAGAACAGCAGCUGUGUGUGUAUACCCAAACAGAGUAGGCGAUGCACAUGAUGCCAUUAAAAAAAUGGGGUUGACCAAGGAAAUUCAAGUGGCUUCAGUGGCAACAGGCUUUCCAUCUGGACAAUAUCCCCUACACACAAGACUGCCAGAGAUCAAAUACGCCAUAGAUAUGGGUGCGACUGAGAUAGACGUAGUUCUUGACCGCAGCCUAGUUCUGAUGGGGAAGUGGGACACCUUGUACAAGGAGGUACUGCAGAUGAAGGAGGCCUGUGGAAACGCUCACUUGAAGGUUAUCCUAGGAGUUGGGGAGCUUGCCACUUAUGAAAAUGUAUACAGUGCUUCAAUGGUAGCCAUGUUGGCCGGAGCUGAUUUCAUCAAAACAUCCACCGGGAAAGAAGCUGUGAAUGCAACAUUGCCUGUAGGACUUGUUAUGUGCCGAGCUAUACGUAACUUCUACCAAAUGACCAGUAUCAAGGUGGGGUUGAAACCAGCAGGGGGUAUAAAGACCUCUCGUGAUGCAGUCAACUGGCUUGUCUUGGUGUAUACCGAGCUGGGACCAGAAUGGCUCACUCCACAAUUGUUCCGCAUUGGAGCCUCCAGUCUCCUCGAUGUCUUGGAAAAGGAUAUAAAAAAAUUAUGUUAAAUGCCAAGUUUUUGUAUGGUGGCAACACUGGCCAAAUAAUUUUAAUGUUCCUAUAGGAAAGUUGAAAAAGGUGUCACCAUAGAAAUCCCUUUUAACUUUUUGAUAAUGUUUUUUUUUUUAAUUUUAAAUAUUCUUCCAUAGCUGUUUAUUAAACAGGGUGACUUUUUAGUUGUCAUAUAAGAUCGAACCUGCUAUGUAGACAUUGGAUAAAUUCUAUCUACUAUCUAAUAACCAUGUGUACUAUCCAUAAGUAAAUUAUAAAAACCCUGUUUAUUUAUUUAUUUACUUAUUUUCAUUUUUCAUGUACCAAAAUUUUUCCAAAGUACCAAACCAAGUUAUAAGUUAGAACCGGCUAUGUAGACAUUGGGAAAAUUCUAUCUACUAGCCAUUAGUAGGUAAUUUUACAAAAAAGCACAAUAAGUAAUUAAAAAAUAUAGCGAAUCAAUUAAGUAUCAGUACUUUUGCCAACUUAACAUAUUCGGAUUUCACUAGAGAUCAAAGGAACCAUCUGCGCCAGCUAAUGGGUAGCGGCCGCCUUUGCUAUCGUUUGGGGAGGGAAUAUUUUUUUUAAUUGUUUUUUUUUUUUUGUUAGUAGAGAUUUAGGUUCGUUAACUGGUUUGCUUUUUAAGACGUAAUUAUUCUAAUAAAGGUGCUUGGGACCACUUAUCGGUGUAUACUUACCGAUAAAUAUAUGUGAUCGUGUGAUAUUCCUAAAAAGACUACUGUGUAAAAGUGCCAUUAUGACAUUAAAAUGUAUAAGAAACUGAAAUCAGGUAUAGUAUGUAAGUACUCGUAAGUGAUUUAAAGAUAGUGAUUACCAAAUUAUGUUAAUUAGCACUUA